AUGGAAAUGCAAAGGCUAACUAACAGAAGAAACAAGUCAAAGCUGCCAAUUCCUCCGGGGCCGAAAGCAUGGCCCCUGGUGGGAUCUUUCCCGGAGAUUUUCCGAUCAGGAAAGCCUGUAUUCCGGUGGAUACACGACUUGAUGGAUGAAAUGAAGACUGAAAUCGCAUGCAUCCGUCUCGGGGGCACUUACGUGAUUUCGGUGACUUCCCCGGAGCUGGCUCGCGAGUUUCUGAAGAAACAAGACUCUAUUUUCUCGUCAAGACCCCUUUGCAUGUCUGCGCGUAUUAUCAGCAACGGGUUCUUGACCUCCAUGUUUCUCCCGUACGGCGAAAAAUGGACGAAAAUGCGAAGAAUUCUCAACACGCACGUGCUUUCUCCGGCGGCAAUCCAUUUGCAUCACGAUAAAAGGGUGGAAGAAGCCAAUCAUCUCCUUCGUUACAUCUACAAUCAGUGCAGUCCUAGUAAGGGAGCGGUUGUUAAUGUGCGAACGGCCACACAACACUAUUGCGGAAAUGUGACUAAGAAGAUGUUAUUCAACAAGAGGUACUUUGGCAGUGGGACGGAAGACGGCGGACCCGGUGCCGUAGAUGAAGAGCUGGUUGAGGCCCUCUUCACAAUUCUUCGCUAUCUUUAUGGAUUUGGGGUGGGCGACUGCAUUGGGUGGCUCAACUAUGCUACCCUUCUAUACAUGCUAAUAGAUAUCGACGGCCAUAAAAGCAUGAUCAGGAAAGCUCUGGCGGUCACCAGAAAACACCUGGCUACCGAAGUGGACAAGAGAAUACAAAUGUGGAAAGAUGGGACCAAAACUGUUGAAGAAGACAUUCUUGAUGUUCUUCUUAUGCUCAAGGAUGAUGCUGGAAGACCAAUGUUGAAUGAUACAGAGAUCAAAACACAACUUCUGGAAAUAAUGAUAGCAACUAUAGACAAUCCAUCGAAUAAUGCGGAAUGGGCACUGGCAGAGAUGUUAAACCAACCAAAACUAUUGGAAAAAGCAGUGGAAGAGGUAGACAACGUGGUGGGGAGGGACAGGCUUGUUGAGGAAUCCGAUUUACCUAAGCUAAACUAUAUAAAGGCUUGUGUUAAAGAAGGUUUUAGGCUCCACCCAUUUGCACCCUUCACCCCUGCUCAUAUGUCCAUCGCGGACACCGUGGUAGGUGGCUACUUCAUUCCCAAGGGCAGCCAAGUGAUCGCCAGUCGCAUUGAGCUAGGCCGGAACAGAAAGGCUUGGGAGGAGCCCCUCAAAUUCAAGCCGGAGCGUCACCUAAAGGAGGACGGUGGGGAAGUGGUCUUAUCCGACUCGGACCUGAAUAUGAUUUCAUUUAGUGCCGGGAGACGAGGCUGUCCGGGUGUGAAGUUAGGUUCUUUGAUGUGUGCAAUGCUGAUGGCUAGGCUCGUUCAAGGCUUCACUUGGAGCGUUCCACCUGACCUGUCAUGCAUAGACUUAACCGAGUCUAAACAUGACGACUUUCUUGCAAAUUCACUCUUUGCACUUGCAAAACCGAGAUUGUCUAAAAAUCUCUACAAGUAG